AAAGAGAGAGCCGACCCUACCCCAAUAAGAGGCUAACGAACGAAAGAGACGGAAAAUUCGGUCUAGCUUGGAUCAUGGAUCAAUCAUCACCCUUUGACUUUGUUAUUUCUCAUAUUCUCCCUUUUUGAUCGACAACCUUGCCGUUGAUUGAGUGAAAUGUAAUAGAAUUUGCUUCCAUGGGUGUUUGGUUAUAUUCAGCUUCCAUACAUACAGUGAUGUGUCUCUUUGUAAGAGGGAUGUACUACAUUUAGUUGAUGAAAAAAGAGGAGAUGGAUGCAAUGGAUGACUUAGAUUUACCAAAGGCACAAGCCAUGCCGUCGAUUCCCGUAGCCUCCGAUGCUCUACCUUCAGGCUCCAAUCCUUUACGAAGGUCUACCUUUCCCACUCUGGCAUUACCAAGUGGAGGUCUGAAAGUGCCCUCGAAACCAGGGCGCUACGAGACCGAGGUGGACACCGCACCCCUCACCCCUCCCAGCUCCUCCCACAAUCUACAGCUUGUCUUUGAUUCCGGUAAAAUCUAUGAUAACCACCCAAGAAAGUACAGGUUACUGUUAGAAACUGACAAGGAUAAUAGUGGCCAUAGCAAGAAUCUCUCCCUGUCGGCAUCAUCCGCCACCGAUGCCGCCCCUACCAAGCCCUCGCCCCCAUCUGUCACGGUCCAAGAUGGGCAAGUCGUAGCCAUGGGAACAAUGACCAGUGGUCCUGCGACGGGUCCCAGCCCCACGCCAGAUGCAGCAGCAGCAGCGCCAAAGUCGCUAGCAACAUCUGCUGCCGGAGGAGCCCCAUUCACCCUUUCUGAAGCCAUUUCAUCCGUUGCUGUCAAGAAAGAACCAGGUGGAUCUCGAUAUGUUCCUCAGGAGUUCCUGCAUACAUUCAAGGCAGCCACAACGCUUGGUCCUACGUCCGAUCAGAAAAGCCAACAAAGAGCGGGAACUUCGUCGUCGGCCGAGAUGCCCCGUUCAUCAGGGAAACCAAGCACAGGAAUGGUCCAGAGAAGCAAUGCACCGAUCUCUAAGAUAUGUACAUCAGAAAGAACUGAUGUGCCUUGUGGAUCAUGUGCUGUAGUGCAACCUGAGCCCCGCCGCCUCUUCGGAUUUGGACCCUUCUACCGCCCCCUCCCAGAAACCGUCUGUGCCACCGAGGGGCGUCGCCAGAGCAGCCCCACCUUCCAUGUUCCCAGUGAACUCUCAGAGGCUGUUGAUAGGGAAGGGAUCACUGGGGCGGGGUACUCUGGAAGUAGGAAGAGCAGCCGUGCUGCCGUGGAUAGCACUGAUAGUGGUGCUGCUGCUAAAGGAGCAGAUGGACAUAAGAAACUUAGCCCCACCCCUGCGGAACUUAAUGCUUGGCUAGGUGGAUCAUUCUAGCAGCAGGACUCAAAAUCAGGAUGCCCUGGAUCCCUGGGGCAGGGUUUUUCUGGCAGUAAGAGAAGCACUGCCAAGACAUUGAUCUACAUUUGCCACUCCCCACCCAGGUGUUAAAUUGGUACCCGGUAGGAUGCGAAAGCUAAUGUGGUAUGCUUAGCAAUU